UGUAGUUUAGUUUACUUAAGAAAAGAAAAAAAUGAAAUUGUCAUGUCGUUAGAUUCACAUAAAAAGAAUGAUAAAUUCAUAUGCUCUGUUUUUUUAUUUGCGUACGAAUAACGAAAAGAAAAAAAAAACAAUUAAAAAAAAAAAGGAAGCCAUCGUCAUCGUCUAUUCGUCUUCGUCUGUUGACCUCUGAAAAAUGCGAGAGCUUCUUCGCGCCUAUUUCUCUCGAAGAACUCUCGUAUCUCUUUACAAUCUCUUCUUCACACUCUCCCAUAAGCUCCUCACUUCAUUCCCUCUCUCUCUCCUCAUGCCCAAAUCCAAUGACGCCGAUGUCGCAGAAUCUGAAGCCGUUCCGUUGCUCGAUCUUGCCAAGCCGUCGUUACCUAUAUCUUUCCCGAUCAAAUCUCUUCAAGAUCUGAAAUCUCGUUCUUACUUCGUUUCCUUUCACUUCCAGUUUAAUCGCUCCACCGUACCUCUCCGGCGAGACUCCGAUGACUUACCGAAUCGCCCAAGGGUUUUAGUCUGCCAUGACAUGAAAGGAGGGUAUGUAGAUGACAAGUGGGUACAAGGAUGUGAAAACGACGCCGGAUUUGCGAUUUGGCAUUGGUAUUUGAUGGACAUUUUUGUUUACUUCUCUCAUUCUUUGGUCACUCUUCCUCCUCCUUGCUGGACUAAUACUGCUCAUAGGCAUGGCGUUAAAGUAAGUAAGCUCAAUACUUUUUGAUUUUUUAACAUCGAAAGUUUCGAUUUUUGCAAAGAGAUGCUUGCCACAAAAGAGUCUGCUCAGAUGUAUGCAGAGCGUAUGGCAGAACUUGCUACUGCUCUUGGCUUUGAUGGGUGGCUGAUUAAUAUAGAGAAUGAUAUAGAUGAGGAGCAGAUUCCAAAUUUGAAGGAAUUUGUAAGCCAUCUAAAAAAAGUCUUGCAUUUAUCUACACCUGGGGCUCUGGUUAUAUGGUAUGACAGUGUCACUAUUCACGGUAAUCUUCAAUGGCAAGAUCAAUUGACUGAGCUGAACAAACCUUUCUUUGACUUAUGCGAUGGAAUAUUCAUGAACUAUACAUGGAAGGAGAGCUACCCAAAACUAUCAGCUGAAGUUGCCGGGGACAGAAAGUUCGACGUCUACAUGGGAAUUGAUGUCUUUGGUCGGGGCUCUUUUGGUGGUGGGCAAUGGACUGUAAAUGCUGCUCUUGAUUUGCUGAAGAGAAACAAUGUGUCAGCGGCCAUAUUUGCUCCUGGAUGGGUUUAUGAGACUGCACAACCCCCCAAUUUUCAUACAGCUCAGAAUAAAUGGUGGUCACUUGUCGAGAAGUCAUGGGGAAUAGUCCAAACUUAUCCACAAGUCUUGCCUUUUUACUCAGAUUUCAAUCAGGGAUUUGGUUACCAUGUUUCACUUGAAGGUCGCCAACUGUCAGAUGCUCCAUGGUACAACAUUUCUUGCCAAAGUCUUCAGCCUCUCUUAGAAUUCAAUGAAGAAGACAACAAAGAUAUCAUCCACGUCACUGUUGAUGCUCGAGAGGGAUCUUUUAACAGAGGAGGGAACAUUGCUUUUAGAGGAAAACUCAAGGGAGAUGCGUAUUUCACAACAAGGCUCUUCAAACCCCAUCUUCAGCUUUCAUCUUCCCCCAUCACAAUCUCCUACUCUGUGAAAUCAGAUGAAACCUCUAAACUUGGAAUCCUGCUUUCUUUCUCAUCUCCAUCACAGAAGACGAAAUCCAUUCUCGUUGCGCCCCAAGAAUCCAUCCGUAGAUUCAACGACAUGUUCUUACAGUGUCUCGCCACAUCAGCGCAGACUGUAUCUGAGUGGACGGUGCACGAGACAAGCCUUGUCAUGGAUGGUCACACACUGACUGAAAUCUCUGCCUUUUGCUACAGACCAGAGAAUUUGACAAAGAGUGUAGAAUAUGUUGCAUUGCUCGGACACAUCUCAAUCAAAGAUCAUGUUCAGUACCAGCAGAAAUCCGAGACUUUACUUCCAGCUUCAUCGUGGGUCAUCAAGGCUGAUAACGUAGAGCUUGUACCAGGAAAUUCCGGUUCCAAGAUCCUCAGGGCUAAGCUCGAAUGGAGACAAAAACACCUAGAAGAUUCUGUGCUCCCAAGGUACAAUGUAUAUGCAGAGAAUGUGAACUCCACUGAUCUAAGACCGAGGAAAGUUCUAGAGAAACCGAGAAGUGAGACAGUGUUCCUUGGAGUUGUUCACGUACCAGCCUAUUAUGUAGCGGAACUGGUGGUAGAAUCAGACGUGAAAGCAGUCCGUUUCGUGGUUCAAGCAUGUGCCGAAGAUGGUUCAUUAGGGAAGCUGGAUGAAGCUCUUAACCUUCUUGUGGAACUAGAAGGUAUCUCAUCUAAAUAUAUAUCGUAGGUUGUUUGACACCAAAAUCACGAUUGAAAACGACAUUGUAUAUACUGAAAAAAUUAUUGCAAAAAUUAAUUGCAAUCUAUAAGUGUACCAAAAAAUAUUGAUCUAAAUGUAUCCAAAAUUAUUUUGCAUUUA